AUGGAAGAGCCCAUCGGAAAAUUGCCCAACCCGCUGGAGAACUCAAAGCCAUCAACCGAGAAUCUCGUAUCGAGGAAGCGUAAGAACGAUGAGGUCGAACCAGAAAUCACAGAAAAACCAGCGCAAGAAGUCAAAAAGACGAAGAAAUUAAAAUGGGAAACGCUGAGCUUCCGACGAGCGGAGGGCAAGGUCGAGCACGCUACCUAUUUUACUGCCGACGAGUGCAAGACUUACUAUGAAGAGCUGCAGGAUCAAAUCGAGUACUUGAAUCCCGAAGAAACUUGUGUAUCGGUAUACGGCAAGAACUACAACCUCCCUCACGACAAAGCCUUGUACGCCGACAAGGGACUCGAAUUCAAACAAACCAAACGAGCACCCCUCGCCUGCUCCGACUGGUGCCCCGUCCUAACGAAGCUAAAGGUCCAAAUGGAGGCGCUGCACAAUGUUAAAUACAACAUGUGUAUCAUAAACAAAUUCGACGACGGCGAGAACAGCCUCGGCGUCUUUGCACACGACGAGGAAGACGUCGACCAGUCAGUUCCAAUCGCCUCAAUAUCUUUCGGAGCGCGGCGAGAUUAUAAGUUCAAGCCAAACAAUAAUAAAGAAGAUACUUUUAAUAUUCCAAUAAAGGACGGCACAGUUGUGAUCAUGCACGACCCAAUGCAAAGGAAUUGGAAGCAUGCCGUUCCUAAGCGCAAGAAGGAAAAGUCGCCCACAAUAACCGUGAUCUUCCGAAGUGUCAUCAUCGAAGAUGAAGAGGACCAAAACCAAGAUCCCGGCGACGCAUGA